UCUUCAGUAUCCCGGGUGGUUUGUGCGCCUCAUUUCUCAAAGCACCACUUGCUCACUGCCAUAGUUAAUUUCCAGCUGCUCAAAGCCAUGGAAACCAGUCAAAACAAAGCACCUUUCUUCUUCAACUUCCUAAGGGAGGGCCUCCUCCUACCGAGCCGCAACUGGAGGCUCUUCGCAUCGGUCUGCGCACUUAUCCUCGCCUCCACCACGCUGAUCGACCUCGCCUACAAACCCUUCGCCAACGAGACCAAGCUCGACGUGAAGGCGUUCAACACCACCGAGCCCGGCACCCCCAGCCCGGACUUCGCCAAGAUCCUACUAAAGGAAAUCCAAAAUGGUACCAAAGAUCUCCUGCUCGCCAGCGCGGGGUACAACCUGUUCCCUUUUGUCGUCCGCUCCGCCGUCCGGAUCGUCGUGCUCUUCGCCGCCGUCUUCACGUACCCCGGUCAGGAGCGUACUAUUACUACCUUUGGCGCGCUCAUAGGCCAAGCUAAGGAGCAGAUCAAGGGGCCCUUGCUCACGGUCGCGUUCGUCUACGUCCUGGAAACCGUACUGUACAUCAUGUUUGUGGCCACGACAUCACUUCUCAUCCUUCCCAUGGUGAGCCCAUACUUCGUCACUUCGCUUCCUCUGCUCUUCCCCUUCGUCCUGCUUGCGGUGGCCUUGCUGCUCUUCUUCGCUGCCCUCGUCUGCCUCCAGUACUUCAACUUCCUCGGCUCUUUCAGCGUCGUCCUGGCGGUAGCCGAGCCUGGCUGCUACGGCGUUGCAGCGUUAGUCAAGGCCUGGAGGCUGGUCCAGGGGAAGAAGAGGCAGGUCGCGCUGUACUUAGCCGUCACCUGUGGCCUGGCCGCCGCCGUAUCACCCGUGCGCAUGCUCGCGACGACGUUCACGGGUAAUAGCGUCGCGCUAGGGUUGCUCCUGGGUUUUGCGUGCACGCUUCUGAUGGCGCUCGUGCAGCUGUUCUCCGACUGCGCCAUGACCGCGUUCUACUGCGAGUGCAGAGACAAGGGGGCUAAUGGAUACGCCAAGCUAUUGUAA